GAAUUAACGAGUAGCACCUGAACGCACCAGGGGGUAGUAGUUAUUUUGACAUUCUAAAAUGACGGACCCGGAGGAUCACUGGAAAACGGAUGGUGCGUUCAGCGACAGCGGCUUUGACCACAGUUUCUUUGCUGAAAGUGCAAAAAAGGGUUCAGUUGUGUCCAGAGCCAACAGCAUUGGCUCGACAAGUGCCUCUUCAGUACCAAAUACAGAUGAUGAAGACAGCGACUACAGACAGGAGACAUACAAAGACUCGUAUAAAGAUCGACGGAGGCAAGCGCACACACAGGCUGAGCAGAAGCGCAGGGAUGCAAUCAAGAAAGGAUACGAAGACCUUCAGUCCAUCGUGCCGACCUGCCAGCAGCAGUCUGAAUUUGCAGUAGGAGCACAGAAGAUCAGCAAGGCUACUGUGCUGCAGAAAACGAUUGACUACAUCCAUUUUCUUCAUAAAGAAAAGAAGAAGCAAGAGGAGGAAGUUAGUUUGCUAAGGAAAGAAGUGAUGGCGCUGAAGAUCAUGAAAACGAACUAUGAGCACAUAGUGAAGGCACACCAGAACAACCCAGAGCAAGGAGAGGAUCAGGUGUCUGACCAAGUCAAGUUCAACAUCUUUCAGAGCAUCAUGGACUCCCUGUUCCAGUCGUUCAGUAACUCUGUCUCAGUGAGCAGCUUUCAAGAACUCUCUGCUUGUGUUUUCAGCUGGAUCGAGGAGCACUGCAAGCCACAGACGCUAAGGGAUUUUGUUGUUGGUGUGCUCCAGCAGCUCAACAGUCAGCUGUAUUGACUGAGUGCACCUCUGGGCUGAACUCCCAGAUAUUGACUUUGGGCUUACUCUUGCCUCUCAGGGUGGAGUAAAAACUCCAAUCAGCUUCAAGCCACGCCGCAGUAUUUACACUCACUUUAACUCAUCAGUGACUCCCUGGCUGAGAUUGGAUUACCUCAAACCGUACUACAGGAAGAAAUGAAAAUGCACAGUGGCUGGAGCAGAUUCUAAAGGGAUGUUUUUAUCAUAGGCCUUAUUUUAUUUUUCUACAGAUCCUGGGGUCUUGGGUUCAAUCAUUAGCUUAUUAAACGGAAUCAUGUCUCCCCUUUAACUCAAGAUUUCCAGUGUAGAACCCCUGCAAUAUCUCUCCUCGUGAUGUUUUCAGACUUCUUGAGAAAGAUUUGUUUUUUUAGACUUCAAAAUCAGUGAAGAUAGAGUUUGGGUUUAAGAUUACUGAAAUGUCCCUUUAAGAGUUCAGAAGCUUUUUGUGAUUUUAAUGCACACAUGAAAAUGUUUUUACUUUGAUCAGUUGCUUUCAUGAUCAGUAUCAGUUCAUUCCAAACUGUGCAUUAGUGUGACUUUUGAAGUGAAUGUUUGAAUCUCUACCCUUCACCAGUCACUGCUUUCUUGUUAGAACCAAGUAUGGGCCUUGCACAGGGAUUUAGAGCUGCUGUACUGUACUUGUGUAUUUGUGUAUACAGUCAUACACAUAAAAAACAACUGUCAUAUGACGAAGAGCAGCUUUGCUCUGGUUUUAAUCACAGUGAAAUACAGAUUUUUUGAGCCUGUUGUUGCUUCCCAUCUUUUUGUUUUGAUAGUUCUUUUAUGAUUAUCACGCACUGUACAUCACCACUCAGCUGUGUAAAGAAAUAUGUUGUUUAAUUUGUCCGUUGUGAAAUAAAAAAAAAGUCUGAGAUGAGGACAGAACAUACA